UACUUUCAAGCUAGUUGUGCAAUUUUCCAGUCUGACAAAGAAUUGGAGAGUGUCAUUGGUGAAACGAAUGCAAAAGGCGAAUGGUUGCCACUGACGGAGAAGGAGAAUCAGGUUGCUGAUGCCCUACGUCUUGAUCCGGACGAAGUAGAUAAACGAGACACGGACUACAACGAUUACCUUGUCUUUGAAGGCCAUCGUUAUCGUGUCUCUGCCAAGGAUGAAGCUGCAUUUAAAGAGUUGCAGAAUAAGAAUGAAGAGAGAAGGCGGCAGGGAAGACGACGUCGUUUUGGAGAAGAUGAAAAUGCUAGCGAUCUUGAUGAAGACAAUAAGAAACUCUCCGAUCUUGCCAUCUCCGAGAAACGCAAAAAAGCUGCCCUAGCAAAAAGAGAUGCUAUGUGGAAAGCGAAUGGUGAGAAUCUUCAUGUGACAAAGAUGCAUGUAACAUCCGGCACUUUGGAGCCAAUUAUCAAGAAAAGGCCCCUCUUGGUAACUCCUAGGGCUUCUUUUGCCCAAGCUAGUACCAGCAGUUCCUCUGCAAAGCCAGAGCGGCCUUCUAACUCAAGAACAGGAAGUAAUAUUCGGCCAAAGGUCAUUGACUUCAUAGACCUUACUGUACCUCGCCAAGCAGAUCUUCCGAGGCAGAUUACCACCCCUAGGACAACCAGGGUAAUUCUACCCGAGGUUGACCCACCAGUGAUUGUGCUUGAUGAG